UUAAUGUUGGACAGCAUUGUGUUCAGUAAUUCUGUCCGUAGAAUACCACAUACUAUACUCAUUUCCAACCACUAGGACACAUACCACAGUUGGAUUAUUGAAGGGCGCAGAACGAGACUUCAGGAGUACCAACGGGAAAGGAGGAAGUUUGCCUGCGUGUCCUAUACGCUGACGUUGAUGUGGCUGCUGGUGGCCUUGGUCCAAUGGGCGCUUGUCUCCAUUAUAGCGGAUAUAAAUGCCGUUUUCAUCGAGUUCUACUGGAUCAGCCUGCUUUUCUUUUUUGUGGCCAUGGUCUUGGUCACCGUUUUCAUAUUCUUUGAGAACUUACGCGCAGUCACCUGCCUGAACUGGCUAAUCUGCCUGCUAAUAGUGGAGUUCGUGAUUGUCGGAAUUUUCACCCUGGCGGCACUGACCCAUUGGCUGGAAAUGGUCAUGUGGUUCUUUUUCUGCGUGUUCCUCCUGUUUGUUUUCAUACUAAUCGGAUCGAUUAUACCGAUAAACACCCUUAUACGGAGGAAACCCUCUCCUCUGAAGGCAUUUUCUCUUCCGCAGCACGACCUGACGCUAGAUGUCGUGAUAUUGUUUGUCUUGGCCUUCAUCUUCCUGAUCAUCACCGUCUUUUUCGCUAUGAUCAGCAUUCUGGUCAAGAUGCCAAACACGUUCAUUGUCUAUCAGGUCUUCAUCACAAUCGUUGUGCUGUUGUUCGUGAUGUACCACGCUCAGACAAUCAAUGGCGGCCGAUAUGCGGAGAUGCGUCUCAAUGACUACCUACUAGCUGCCCUCAUCCUCUUCCACGACUUCAUCAUCAUCUUCCUGCUUACGUUCUUCCAGCAGCUCAUUAUAAAAUUCGUUGCGGGCCCCAUCACCACCACAACGGAAAAUAUUGACAAACGUGCUAUAAGUUACUUGGAGCCCAUCAUAGGCCCGGUUUCAGAAGACUUUAUUGAUGAUGACGGCAUCACUGCUGCUUUUGGGAACACCACUACGCCUAAAUAGGAUAGUGACUUUGUGUUAAAACUAAAUAUGAUCACUUCCCAGCAAACCAACUAACGUGCCUUUUGCCUUUUUUUACAUGGGUCGAGCAUUAGAAACAAGUGCAAAUAAAGCGUGCGUUCCUUGCGCCGUCAUUUCAAUUAUUUUCGUCGAACUGUGCAGUGCUAAGUUAAAAAUCUCUACCAUCUCUUACGCAUUUAAAAGAAAUUUCUGCCAAUCGAUGCAUUUAAACAGAAGUUUGCGCUCGACGAUCAGGAUUUCGACCAUACAACUCAAAAAUAUUUCCAGUAUGGUCAGGAACGGAAGGCCAGAUUGGAAAAAAGUAAU